ACUGUAAGUGUUGUCUGCUGCAACAAUGGCUGGACAAAAACAACAAAAAGACAUCGGAUUAAAAAUAUUAACAUUAAAUUGCUGGGGUGUUCCAGUACCUGUUGUUUGUAAGCACCGUAAUGAGCGCAUGCCAGCUAUUGGUGAUGCUGUGGCCAACUCAGACUUGGACGUAGCUGUUUUCCAGGAGAUAUGGCAUAAAGGUGACUUUGAUAUUUUAAAGCAGAGGAUAUCCAAAACUUUACCAUAUUCCCAUUAUUUUUACAGUGGCAGUAUCGGCAGCGGUCUGUGUGUGUUCUCCAAGUGGCCAAUUGGACAGACACUCUACCACCGGUUUGACCCGAACGGUUAUGCCCACAAGGUUCAGCAUGGGGACUGGUUUGGUGGGAAGGGUGUCGGGCUUGCUGUAAUAACAGUUGGCGGGGUUACACUCAAUGUGUAUAUUACACAUAUUCAUGCCGAGUACAACCGGGAGAAUGAUGAGUACCUUGCCCACCGUAUUGCCCAGGCAUUUUCCCUGUCUCAGUUUGUGAAGCUAACCAGCCUGGGGGCAGACCUAAGCCUCGUCUGUGGUGACCUUAAUCUUGAGCCCGUUGACCUCGGUUACCGUCUCAUACUGACCAAUGCUGGGCUCGGUGAUUGCUGGCUGGACAAGAUGACUAGCGACACAUCAGAUAAAGCUGGCCUGACCUGUGACUGUCCUGGCAAUUCCUACUGUCCGAGUAAAUCAGCAGGGAAGAGAAUUGACUACAUACUGUACAAGGCUGGCAAUGGUGUUGAGGCGACUGUGUCCAAGUGUGAUGUGACAAUGGGCCGGGUGCCGGGGAAAGCAUUCAGUUACUCUGACCAUGAGGGUGUCCAGGCUGAAAUCACGGUCAAGAACUCACAGAACAGUAUAGUGCCUACCCCUGACCCUAAGACGGAGGUGACCCCGCUGUUAGAGGAAUCUUUGGGGCUACUAGAUGAGGGGUUGACAGUAACCAGGUCGGGCACACGCUUCUUUACGAUCUUUGCUGUGCUGUGCCUCCUCCUGGCAUACAUCAUCACGGUUGUUCACAUUCCGUACCCUCUCGACUUUUUUGUUGGAGUGUUCAGGGUGGCUCUGAUCCUCGCCACUGGUUACGGGGUCGUCCAGACACUCGUCAUGAUCCGCUCCGAGGUGCACGGCCUGGAGGCCGCCAGGGAGGAUGUUAAAAACCUUCUUCAACAUCUCAAGUCAUAAAGCUAGAAGGCUUAUUACCCCCAUCAUUUUAUGGGAUAUAUUUUGUGAUCAAUAUAACAAACCACCUGCUUUUGAAUUUGUAUUUAAUGUGUUGACAUAUCUGUGUUAGUAUGCUUGAAGGCAAUAACUCGUGUCAGUCUUAUACAUGUUUAUAUGAAUGACAAUCUUAUUUGCACUACUCUUUAUGUGUUCUAUGCUUACUGAACAGGUAACACUUGUAUGAAGUAUGAAUGUGUUCAACUUUUGUCCACUACUCUUUAUGUGUUCUAUGCUUACUGAACAGGUAACACUUGUAUGAAGUAUGAAUGUGUUCAACUUUUUUCCACUACUCUUUAUGUGUUCUUUGCUAACUGAACAGGUAACACUUGUAUGAAGUAUGAAUGUGUUCAACUUUUUUCCACUACUCUUUAUGUGUUCUUUGCUAACUGAACAGGUAACACUUGUAUGAAGUAUGAAUGUGUUCAUGUUUUUCCGCUACGAGUGAUAGUAAUCUUUUAUUUAUUUAUAAAGUCUACAAAUUGACAUUUUCUAGAUGAGUCUUUACCCCUGCAUAUAUUUUGUCAGUUAUAGUUGUCUUUAGAAUGAGCCUAAAUGCAGUUUGUAUUAACAUUGAAUGACUAAUAAUUUUUCUAGUAAAUGCAAGUGGAAAUGGUUUCAAUGUUCAUGUUAGACUAGGUUAGUCUGAGCAAAUAAUAUGUGAUUAAGAUAUCUUAAACUUAAGAUCUUGAUCUUACUACAUUUGGUCUUACACUGUUAAUACGACACAGACCCAGAGAGAUUUUCAUAAUAAUAUAGGUAUCAUCCUAGAUUCUAGACUGAUUUUCAACUGACUGUAAAUAUAUAUAUUUUUAAUGCAUAUUUAUGUUCAGCUCUUUUGACUUUAAAACCCCACAUGAGUUGUGUUCAGAUAAUUAAAUAUAAGCCUUUAUUAAUGGGGUUUUCAGUACACAAACUAUUUGCAGUUUUUGUUUUUAUCAUUUAAGUCAACACAAUAAUGCAUUCAUUUAAAAAAACGUUUGUAUCAACAUAUAGUGUGCUUUAUUAAGAUUUGAAUACACUCUGGUUUUAUUAACCUUACAAACAGUGGCAGGAUGUUCACUAAAUCAUGUAUGUCAUUGUGUGCAAUGAAAAAAUAAAUAUAAUUUAAGCCUCAGUUUUAAGUCAUAAACGUCAAAGUGGAAACCUCUUUGUAAUAUGUCAGUCCAUGAAUGUGUCAAUGUCGUCCUGACAAGAUGUUUAUAACGGGGCAGAUUUGAAUUUUGAAAUGUGAACUGGUGUAAUUGUUGUUACUCCCUGUGAUAUUUCAUUCCAUGUGUGUACAAUAUGGUCUUUGUGCUGUGUUUCUGCGGAAUUUUACAAAAAAACAACUUAUUUUUGUGAAGAUGAUUUGUAAGAAAGGGUCCAAAUACAGAUUUAAGCAUUUAUUUAAACUAACUGAUUAUAUUUUAGUUUUGCGCUGAAAAAAGAUAUGUUACAACAUAUACAUUUUUGAAACAUGGUUUGUCCAAAUGUGAUAUUUAACAAUGUGAUUUAUCUUUUAUAUGGAAUUGAUGUCAAAGCUUUUUAUCCUAUUUUAGUUAGGUAUUAUUAUAGAAGUAU